AUGCCGGAGCCUCAGCCUGGGUCGGACAGGGAGCGAUGGGAGGAAUACGGAAGUGUACAGGGAUGAAAUGCCUUCAUCAGCCCUUUUCUUUGGGAUGGGGGGAUGAGGGGAGGAAAGGGGGAUGGAGAGAUAGAGGGAGAAGAGGGGAGUGGAAGGAUGUUAAAGGGAAGUGUAAUCUUCCAAGUCAUAUCCUGUACUUUUCCUCAGGAUUUGGAAGAUUUAAAUGGUAGCUUUCCCUGCCUGGGUCAGGAGGAUUAUGUUACUGUGAUGUGAAUGGGGGCCGUGUAAUCUGGGGCUGUGACGUGAAUGGGGGCCGUGUAAUCUGGGGCUGUGACGUGAAUAGGGGCCGUGUAAUCUGGUGCUGUGAUGUGAAUGGAGGCCUUGUAAUCUGGUGCUGUGACGUGAAUGGAGGCCUUGCAAUCUGGUGCUGUGACGUGAAUGGAGGCCUUGCAAUCUGGUGCUGUGACGUGAAUGGAGGCCUUGCAAUCUGGUGCUGUGACGUGAAUGAGGGCCGUGUAAUCUGGUGCUGUGACGUGAAUGGGGGCAGUGUUGUCUUGUGCUGUGCGCCCCCUCUGGUAGGUUGAGGUACUACAGGGAGGAUGGGCGGUAGUGUGAGAAAGAUUGUCAGGGAAGGCCAGGGUUGUUGUGUAUUAGAUCUUCCUGCUUCAUGACUGGAGCCCAUGAGAAACAAGACCUAAAACCCAGACCAGACCAGAAGGUAAGGGGCGUGGGGGUGUCCUCCUCAUUUAAACCCAGUGUCCAUUCAUAUCACUGAAACUGUAGAAACAUCUGUCAUUGACUCAAGUUACAGUCCCUUGAAGGACAAUGAUGACAUCAUCUACCUAUUGCUCAUCUUUACAGUGCCAACAGGCAAUAAUAGUAAAAGCGAGAGUGAGACUCAGUGUAACAGAUGUACAGCGAAGACAAGAACACUAGUCUCGGCACCAGUGUAACGCUGCAACCUGGUCUCAGAGCAUUUCGUAUUAUUUUGUAUGUAAAUACGGGAUACUCCAUUUAGUAUGAUAUGUUACGUUUCGUAUGGUAUGUAUUAAUUUGUGGAUGUCCAUCAUCCAUUUCGUAUGAUAUGUUACAAAUUACAAUUAGUAGGAUAUGUUAGGUGUGGCAGUAGGUUGGAAGGCUGGAUGGAUAGAUCUGGGCACGCUCCCUGAGGGGCAGAGGCGGUCUUCACUCCCACUGACACAGCGCUCACCUACCACAUACACACACACACACACACACACACACUCACACAUUCACAGAGUCACAAACACAUACAAAAGUACCCAAUUGUCAUACCUGAGUAAAAGUGAAGAUACCUUAAUGGUAAUUGACUCAAGUACAAGUAAAGUCACCCAGUAAAAUACUACUUGAGUAAAAGUCUAAAAGUAUUUGGUUUUAAAUAUACGUAAGCGUCAAAAGUAAAUGAAAUUGCUAAAAUAUACCUAAGUAUCAAAAUUAAGAGUAAAAGUAUGAAUAGUUUCACAUUCCUUAUAUUAAGCAAACCAGAUGGCACUAUUUUCUUGUAUUUUUUAUUUACGGAUAGCCAGGGGCACACUCCAACACUCAGACAUCAUUUACAAAUGAACCAUUUGUGUUUAUUGAGUCCACCAGAUAGGAGGCAGUAGAGAUGACCAGGGAUGUUCUCUUGGUAAGUGUGUGAAUUGGACCAUUUUCCUGUCCUGCUAAGCAUUCGAAAUGUACCAAGUACUUUUGGGUGUCAGAGAAAAUGUAUGGAGUAAAAAGUACAUUAUUUUCUUUAGGAAUGUAGUGGACUAAAAGUAAAAGUAGUCAAAAAUAUAAAUCGUAAAGUAAAGUACAGAUACCCCCCGAAAAUACUUAAGUAGUGCUUAAAAUAAGUUUUACUUUAUACCACUGUUAGGUGCCAGGCGCACCGGUUUGAGUGUGUCAAGAACUGCAAAGCUGCUGGGUUUUUCACACUCAACAGUUUCCUGUGUGUAUCAAGAAUGGUCCACCACCCAAAGUACAUUCAGCCAACUUGACACAACUGUGGGAAGUAUUUUUUUAAUUUGUAUAUAAAUAUAUAUAUUUUAAUUCUAUAUUUUCUCGCAAAUAUAUAUACAGUGCCCUCCACUAUUAUUGGCACCCCUGUUUAAGAUGUGGUCGAGGACUUCCAAAAAUUCUCCUUUUUUUUUAAACAACAUAGAACCCAAAUGCAAAAAAAUAGAAAAAUCCAACCUUUUUUUAAGUACAUUACUUUGGUGGUAAAAAAAAAAUCACACAUUUAGAAAAAAAUCAAACUUGAAAUCAUGUGUCCCACAAUUAUUGGCACCCCUAACAAUUCCGCUGAAAAUUUUAAUUGAUUUUUAAAAAUAUAUAUUUUUCUGUAGUUGCUAAAGUUGGUCAGGGUAUCUAGGAACUUUUAAUUAGUAAUUCAUGACUUCCUGUUUCCCUGGGGUAUAAAUAUGACGUGACACCGAGGCCUAAUUCUCUUACCCAUUUGUCAACAUGGCAAAGACAAGAGAACACACCAUUCAAGUAAGGCAGAUUUGUGUCGACAUUCAUAAGUCAGGCAAUGGCUACAAGAAAAUAGCCACUCGCCUUAACUUGCCCGUAUCUACAGUCAGAGGAAUCAUUAAGAAGUUUAAAACAACUGGAACAGUGACAAACAAGGCUGGAAGAGGUCCCAAGUUUAUCUUGCCACAACGCACAGUGAGGAGGAUGGUAAGAGAAGUAAAAAAAAGUCCUAAGCUCACUGUCACAGAAUUGCAUCAAAGAGUGGCAUCUUGGGGUCACAAAGUCUCCAAAACAACCAUCAGACGCUCUCUACAUGCCAACAAGCUGUUUGGGAGGCAUGCAAGGAAAAAGCCUUUUCUCACUAACACUCACAAACGUAAACGUCUGGAGUUUGCUAAGCGGCACUGGGACUUCAACUGGGAUCGUGUGCUUUGGUCAGAUGAGACUAAGAUUGAGCUUUUUGGCAACAAACACUCUAAGUGGGUCUGGCGUAAAACAAAAGAUGAGUAUGCCGAAAAGCACCUCAUGCCCACCGUGAAGUAUGGUGGAGGAUCUGUGAUGCUGUGGGCCUGUUUCUCUUCCAAAGGCCCUGGGAACCUUGUUAGGGUGCAUGGCAUUAUGAACGCUUUGAACUACCAGGACAUUUUAAAUAAAAACCUGAUGGCCUCUGCCAGAAAGCUGAAGAUGGGUCGUCAUUGGGUCUUUCAGCAGGAUAAUGAUCCAAAACAUGUGGCAAAAUCUACACAAAAAUGGUUCAGCAGUCACAAACUCAAGGUCCUCCCAUGGCCAUCUCAGUCCCCAGACCUCAACCCAAUCGAAAACCUGUGGGGCGAGCUAAAGAGGAGAGUGCAUAAGAGAGGACCCAGGAUACUGGAUGAUCUAGAAAGAUUGUGCAAAGAAGAAUGGUCAAAGAUCCCUCUCUCUGUGUUCUCCAAUCUUGUGAAAUGUUAUAGGAGGAGAUUAAGUGCUGUCUUGUUGGCAAAAGGGGGUUGUACAAAGUAUUAACAUCAGGGGUGCCAAUAAUUGUGGGACACAUGAUUUCAAGUUUAUUUUUUUCUAAAUGUGUGAUUUUAUUUUUUUACACCAAAGUAAUGUACUUAAAUAAAAGGUUGGAUUUUUCUAUUUUUUUGCAUUUGGGUUCUAUGUUGUUUAAAAAAAAAGGAGAAUUUUUGGAAGUCCUCGACCACAUCUUAAACAGGGGUGCCAAUAAUUGUGGAGGGCACUGUAUAUAUACACACAUACACAUACACAUAUACACAUACAUACACACACAUAUAUAUACACAUACAUACAUAUAUACAGUGGGGAGUACAUAUGUAUUUAGUCAGCCACCAAUUGUGCAAGUUCUCCCAUUUAAAAAGAUGAGAGAGGCCUGUAAUUUUCAUCAUAGGUACACGUCAACUAUGACAGACAAAAUGAGAUUUUUUUUUCUCCAGAAAAUCACAUUGUAGGAUUUUUAUUGAAUUUAUUUGCAAAUUAUGGUGGAAAAUAAGUAUUUGGUCAAUAACAAAAGUUUCUCAAUACUUUGUUAUAUACCCUUUGUUGGCAAUGACACAGGUCAAACGUUUUCUGUAAGUCUUCACAAGGUUUUCACACACUGUUGCUGGUAUUUUGGCCCAUUCCUCCAUGCAGAUCUCCUCUAGAGCAGUGAUGUUUUGGGGCUGUCGCUGGGCAACACAGACUUUCAACUCCCUCCAAAGAUUUUCUAUGGGGUUGAGAUCUGGAGACUGGCUAGGCCACUCCAGGACCUUGAAAGGCUUCUUAUGAAGCCACUCCUUCGUUGCCCGGGCGGUGUGUUUGGGAUCAUUGUCAUGCUGAAAGACCCAGCCACGUUUCAUCUUCAAUGCCCUUGCUGAUGGAAGGAGGUUUUCACUCAAAAUCUCACGAUACAUGGCCCCAUUCAUUCUUUCCUUUACACGGAUCAGUCGUCCUGGUCCCUUUACAGAAAAACAGCCCCAAAGCAUGAUGUUUCCACCCCCAUGCUUCACAGUAGGUAUGGUGUUCUUUGGAUGCAACUCAGCAUUCUUUGUCCUCCAAACACGACGAGUUGAGUUUUUACCAAAAAGUUCUAUUUUGGUUUCAUCUGACCAUAUGACAUUCUCCCAAUCCUCUUCUGGAUCAUCCAAAUGCACUCUAGCAAACUUCAGAUGGGCCUGGACAUGUACUGGCUUAAGCAGGGGGACACAUCUGGCACUGCAGGAGUCCCUGGCGCCGUAGUGUGUUACUGAUGGUAGGCUUUGUUACUUUGGUCCCAGCUCUCUGCAGGUCAUUCACUAGGUCCCCCUGUGUGGUUCUGGGAUUUUUGCUCACUGUUCUUGUGAUCAUUUUGACCCUAUCUGUUCUGUUAGACCUUCUAUUUCCUUUGUUAGUGUGGACUCUUUUGACCUAAAUUGCUUUUGUUUUCGAGAUGAGUACUGAAUUGCAUGGCCUCUAAAGGCACAUUUAAAGGUGUCCCAUACAAUAAGGGGAUUUGCUGUACCUAUGUUAUGUCGGAAAAAAUCAGUUAUGAAUUCCUCUGUCCUAGUUAAAAACAAGUUAUCAUCCAAUAGGCUUUGAUUAAAUUUCCAAUAUCCUCGCCCACGUGGAAAUUCAGUAAGAGUAAUGUAUAUGCCAAUUAUAUGAUGGUCCGACCGCAUUCUGUCCCCUAUCAACACUUUUUAAAGUUUUGGUGCCAACGAGAAUGACAUAAGAAAGAAGUCAAGACGACUAGCUUGAUUGAGUCUCCGCCAUGUAUAUCUCACUAGAUCAGGAUAUUUAAGCCUCCAUAUAUCUACUAGUUCUAAUGUAUCCAUGACAUUCACGAUUUCCUUAAGAGCAUGAGGGUGAUUGUUUGUAGUGUGAUUUCCUUUACGGUCCAUUGAGCUAUUUAAAACGGUAUUAUAAUCUCCCACCAUAAUAAUAGAGUCUUGAAUUGCUUGCAGAGUUGAUCAUUUAUUAUAUAUAUUGUCAAAGAAGUGUGGAUCAUCAUUAUUUGGUCCGUAAAGGUUAAUGAGCCACAUCUGUUUAUGGUCCAAUAACAUAUUUAAAAUAAUCCAUCUACCUUGCGUAUCUGUUUGGACAAUUUGCAUUUGGAUUAAAAUUACUGUUAAUUAAUAUCAUCACCACUUUUGAGUUUCUUUGCCCAUGGGAGAAGUAUAUUUCGCCCCCCCCAUUCCUUUUUCCACGCAACUUCAUCUACAAUUGUUGAAUGAGUUUCCUGUAAACAAUAGAUAUUAUAUUCCUUCUCUUGGAGCCAUGUAAAUAUUGUUCUUCUUUUGUUAUUAUCUGCUAAGCCAUUACAAUUAUAACUGGCUAUACUUAUUUCACCACAUACCAUAAUGGGAUACAAGUUUCAAAUCUAUUUAUCAAUAAAAAAUACCAUAGCGAUUGACUGUCCAUAUAGCUGUACCAUGAUAUUUGCAUUGCUACUAAGUAACCCUCCAAUUGUUCUCCACUAAUUCCCCCGCUAAAGCCCCUCCCCAUCCCAAGUUGGGCCGUCAUCCCAGUGAUCAGCAUACCACCCCCGUCCCCCCGAAUCACUAGGCCCCCGAGAGGCCAGGACCCAUCCAUCGAAAACAGCACACAGUGCCACCCACAAAACAGAAGCAGGUCAACCGCCAAAAGCAUUUCCAAUGCUCUCACCUCAAUAUAUAUAUAUAUAUAUCUAUUUAAAAAUGUAUAUCCAUUCAAAUAUCUUGCAUAUCUUAUUUUCCAUCAUUAUCAAUUAAUAUGCGUAAUAAUGUUGGCAGUUUAUGCGUAGGAUUUUAACCUAUAACCCGGAUUGCCAUUGUAUUACAUUACAUUUUUGACAAGCAAUUAUUAUUUUAGCAAACAAUUAUUGUGGUUCAUCCUAUAUUCUCCCUAACAUCCUUACCCCCUUGCAACAGAUGUGGGAUAAACACACACGCACAUACUCCAACACACUCAACCCCUUUCCUCCACAAUCAACCAUAAGAUCAGAUGCUCAACGGUUGUUACAUCCCAGAGCCCAACUCAAGAAAGGACCUGAUUUACGAAUGCAUAUACAGUUACAGCUGUUUGAGAAAGCACGCAAGAUUGAGGAAAAAUUGACAACAAUGUGAGAUUUGAUUAAUCUAUUUCAUCUAUGUCAAGUCCUAGGUGCUGGAGAUCAGAUCCACCCUCUUCACCUGAGACACUCUGGUACCCCGUUGUAACCAUUUUUCCCAAGCAUCUCCGUGCAGUCAGACCUUUGAUUAUUUUGUGCCGCUUGGGCCACAAUAAUAAGCCCCCUCUCUGAUUGUCCGAGUGUGACCCCCUCCCCAUGGGUUACUGCAGCCAGUGUUGCCAGCACUGCCACUACCUGGGUGGGGGUACAAGGUCGUCAAGGUUCUCAUUAGCAGCUUUGAGAAUUUCCUUGUAUAUUAUGCUCUCCCAUCAGGGGGCUCUGGCUUUGUAGGACCAACCCUGCCAGGCAGACUCAGAAUCUUGAGGGGGUGGUGCUGCUCAAGUAGGUCUCUGACCGCAUUUAUUUUUCUGUUUAGGCUGCAUAUAGGCAACUCACAGCAGGUCCAUAAAACAGAUGGGGACUUCUCUUUGGUGUAUGGGUCACUCAGGUGGGUGUCUAGGAUAUAGGGUUGGGGAUCGUUCCAUCAUGAUAGGACAAUAAAAAAAUAGAUUAGAUGUAUACUAUAUUUUAAAAUGUAUAUCCCUCAUCUGCACAAAAUUGAAAGCUCUCUCUCACAACCCCUGCCCACAGACACACGUUGGUUCUGGGAUAUGCAACCAUUUCCUUUCUCAAUCACUUAACUGUGGGAAGUAUUGGAGUCAACAUGGGCCUGCAACCCUGUGGAAUGCUAUUGACACCUUGUAGAGUCCAUGCCCAGACGAAUUGAGACUGUGGGCAAACAGGGGGUGCAACUCAAUAUUAGGAAGGUGUUCCUAAUGUUUUGAACACUCAGUGGAGAAAAUUUAGAUUCUAAACAGAUAUCCACACAUACAAUCCGGAUCGACGGACAAAUUGUUACGGAUUAUAAAUAUGCCUUCAGUAACAGGAUUUUCGGAAACAAGUACCACCUAGGAUGCCCAAGCGCGGCGUCCUUUAUAGGGCUACUUGGUAUUGUUAUGUUAUUAGGAUCCCCAUUAGCUGUUGCAAAAGCAGCAGCUACUCUUCCUGGGGUCCACACAACUACAAAUACAGAACAUUAAUAGACAAAAACAGCUCAAGGACAGAAAUACAUACAUUUUAAAAUGGCACACAUAGGCUACAUAUCAAUACAUACACACAAAAUAUCUAGAUCAAAUGGGGGAGAGGCGUUGUGACGUGAGGUGUUGCUUCACCAGUUUUUUGAAACCAGGUUUGUUGUUCAUUUGAGCAAUAUGAGGCGGAAGGGAGUUCCAAGCAAUAAUGGCUCUAUAUAAUAAUGUACGCUUUCUUGAAUUUGUUCUGAAUUUGGGGACUGUGAAAAGACCCCUGGUGGCAUGUCUGGUGUGGUAAGUGUGUGUGUCAGAGCUGUGUGUAAGUUGACUAUGUAAAUAAUUUGGAAUUUUCAACACAUUAAUGUUUCUUAUAAAAAGAAAUGAUGCAGUCAGUCUCUCCUCAACUGUUUGCACCCUAUUCCCUACAUAUUACCCUACGUUUGACCUGGGCUGUGGUCAAAAGUAGUGCACUAGGGAAUAGGGUGCCAUUUGGGGUACACGUCAUUGAUGCAAAGCCAGUUCCCGUUGGCUUGCACUGGGCUGAUUAAACCCAUUGACUGGUCUGUCAGAGAUGUGGAGGGAUAGCCCACUGCAGUCAACAACACACUGAAACACACAUAUCUUCCUUUCCUCUUCUCCACCUUCUCCUCUUCCUUCCCUCUCAACCUCUCCACCCCAUCAUCAUCAGCUCCUCCUUUCUGCUAUAUUCUUCACAUUUCCUCAUCUCCCCCUCUAUUUCUCUCCUCCUCUCCAUCUCUCCUCCUCAUCUCCUCACAUGGCUAAUGGCUUGAAAAACACCAGAUAUACACGGUAGAGUUCAGUAAACUUUCCUCCAUUUUGUAGCCAAACAUUCUAUGACAAUAACAUUUUGAUUGGAAUCCUUACUAGAAUAUCCAAACUAGAAUCCUAACUCACUUGGAACAUUCGGUGUACCCAUGGGGUUCCAUUGACAUUCCAAUCCUUAGGUGCCCCCCCCCCUCCCUACAGAUGACAUUACCCCUGUAUAACAGCCCCCAUCAGAACUACAGAUGAUAUUACCCCUGUAUAACAGCCCCCAUCAGAACUACAGAUGAUAUUACCCCUGUAUAACAGCCCCCAUCAGAACUACAGAUGAUAUUACCCCUGUAUAACAGCCCCCAUCAGAACUACAGAUGAUAUUACCCCUGUAUAAGAGUUACCUUUCCAAAACGGAGAUGUAUGGAUAAACCACUUCUCCAAUCUUUUUGGCUCUAUAACAAAGAACAAACAGCAAAAACAUAUACAUGAUCAAUUACAAAUCUUAGAAUCAGCUAUUAAAGACUACCAGAACACACUGGAUUCUCCAAUUACAUUGAAUGAACUACAGGACAAAAUACAAACCCUCCAACCCAAAAAAGCCUGUGGUGUUUAUAGUGUCCUAAAUGAAAGGAUAGAAAAUACAGACCACAAAUUCCAAUUGGCUGUACUUAAACACUUUAACAUCAUCCUCAGCUCUGGCAUCUUCCCCAAUAUUUGGAACCAAGGACUGAUCACCCCAUUAACUACCAUGGGAAAUGCGUCAUAAGCAACCUUGGGAAAAUCCUCUGCAUUAUCAUUAACAGGAGACUUGUACAUUUCCUCAGUGAAAACAAUGUAUUGAGCAAAUGUCAAAUUGACUUUUUACCAAAUUACCAUACGACAGACCACGUAUUCACCCUGCACACCCUAAUUCACAAACAAACAAUCCAAAACAAAGGCAAAGUUUUCUCAUGCUUUGUUGAUUUCAAAAAAGCUUUUGACUCAAUUUGGCAUGAGGGUCUGCUAUACAAAAUGAUGGAAAGCGGUGUUGAGGGAAACAUAUGACAUUAUCAUAUUUUUCCGUAGUGUAUUUCUGUAUUGUUUUAGUGAUUCACCAUAGUGAAGGUGUAUGCUCAGGUUUUCUGGGUAUCUAUGUUUUUGCUUGGAUAGGUUUCUCAAUUUCUUUCUUAGGUUUUUGCAUUCUUCAUCAAACCAUUUGUCAUUGUUGUUCAUUUUCUUAGGUUGUCUGCUUGAAAUGUUUAGAUUUGAUAGGGAAGCUAAGGGGUGAAAUAUACUGUUUAGGUUUUCUACUGCCAAGUUUACACCUUCAUUAUUACAUUGAAACGUUUUGUCCAGGAAGUUGUCUAAAAGGGAUGACAUUUGUUCUUGCCUAAUAGUUUGGUCAUCAAAGGGGUCAGUCACGGUCAGUUUGUGGUCUAUAGAUCUGCCUGAGAAUGUUUCCCCAGACUGUCUGUAUAACCCUUGACCUCUAUGGUUGAUAAUGUUAGGUCUUUUCAAAUCCAUUUGAUCCAUGAGGUGUGUCUAUCCAUUGUGUGGUAUGUGCCUGGACCCAGCCACCUGUAGAUUACUGUAUAUAAAGCACACUUCCUGCACAUGCAUUAAUGUAUGGAGCAACCUCAUGAAGAGAGUGUACCGCCUGUAUUGAGCAACCUCAUUAAGAGAGUGUACCGCCUGUAUUGAGCAACCUCAUUAAGAGAGUGUACCGCCUGUAUUGAGCAACCUCAUUAAGAGAGUGUACCGCCUGUAUGGAGCAACCUCAUUAAGAGAGUGUACCGCCUGUAUUGAGCAACCUCAUUAAGAGAGUGUACCGCCUGUAUUGAGCAACCUCAUUAAGAGAGUGUACCGCCUGUAUUGAGCAACCUCAUUAAGAGAGUGUACCGCCUGUAUUGAGCAACCUCAUUAAGAGAGUGUACCGCCUGUAUUGAGCAACCUCAUUAAGAGAGUGUACCGCCUGUAUUGAGCAACCUCAUUAAGAGAGUGUACCGCCUGUAUUGAGCAACCUCAUUAAGAGAGUGUACCGCCUGUAUUGAGCAACCUCAUUAAGAGAGUGUACUGCCUGUAUUGAGCAACCUCAUUAAGAGAGUGUACCGCCUGUAUUGAGCAACCUCAUUAAGAGAGUGUACCGCCUGUAUUGAGCAACCUCAUUAAGAGAGUGUACUGCCUGUAUGGAGCAACCUCAUUAAGAGAGUGUACCGCCUGUAUUGAGCAACCUCAUUAAGAGAGUGUACACACCACCUUUCCCAACCUCCAUGCUGACUAAUACUCACACCAAUCUGAUCCAUCUACAUGUGUUUUCUUUAAAACCAGCCCCAUUGUUCUACCUGUAAACACUGGCCUGUUGUCUUCCAUACUGAUCCCACCUGCUGGGAUCCUCAGGCAUGUUCUAUCAGACUCUUCAUUAAAAUGCCUUUUUACUAUUGACAGGCGGGCCUUGCAUUUCCAAUCACCUUCAGCUGUGUGUAUGAGAGACAAUGCAUUAACCUGUCAACCGAGCCACAGAGGGAAGGGGUAGUUGUCUAUUUGGCCCUUGACAGAGAGUACACAGUGGCAGAAUACCUGACCACUGUGACUGACCCAAAAUUAAGGAAAGUUUUGACUAUGUACAGAUUCAGUGAGCAUAGCCUUGCUAUUGAGAGAGGCCGCCGUAGGCAGAGGAGGAGAGUAAGGAGGAGGACAGCAUAUGUGGGAACUCCUUCAAGACUGUUGGAAAAGCAUUCCAGGUGAAGCUGUUUGAAAGAAUGCCAAGAGUGUGUAAAGCUAUCAUCAAGGCAAAGGGUGGAAACUUUGAAGAAUCUCAAAUAUAAAAUAUAUUUUGAUUUGUUUAACACUUUUUUGGUUACUACAUGAUUCCAUAUGUGUUAUAUCAUAGUUUUGAUGUCUUCACUAUUAUUCUACAAUGUAGAAAAUAGUAAAAAUAAAGAAAAACCCUUGAAUGAGUAGGUGUGUCCAAACUUUUGACUGGUGCCGUACAUAUACAGUGAGGAGAACAAGUAUUUGAUACACUGCCGAUUUUGCAGGUUUUCCUACUUACAAAGCAUGUAGAGGUCUGUAAUUUUUAUCAUAGGUACACUUCAACUGUGAGAGACAAAAAUCCAGAAAAUCACAUUGUAUGAUUUUUAAGUAAUUAAUUUGCAUUGUAUUGCAUGAUAUAAGUAUUUGAUCACCUACCAACCAGUAAGAAUUCCGGCUCUCACAGACCUGUUAGUUUUUCUUUAAGAAGCCCUCCUGUUCUCCACUCAUUACCUGUAUUAACUGCACCUGUUUGAACUCGUUACCUGUAUAAAAGACACCUGUCCACACACUCAAUCAAACAGACUCCAACCUCUCCACAAUGGCCAAGACCAGAGAGCUGUGUAAGGACAUCAGGGAUAAAAUUGUAGACCUGCACAAGGCUGGGAUGGGCUACAGGACAAUAGGCAAGCAGCUUGGUGAGAAGGCAACAACUGUUGGCGCAAUUAUUAGAAAAUGGAAGAAGUUCAAGAUGACGGUCAAUCACCCUCGGUCUGGGGCUCCAUGCAAGAUCUCACCUCGUGGGGCAUCAAUGAUCAUAAGGAAGGUGAGGGAUCAGCCCAGAACUACACGGCAGGACCUGGUCAAUGACCUGAAGAGAGCUGGGACCAAAGUCUCAAAGAAAACCAUUAGUAUCACACUACGCCGUCAUGGAUUAAAAUCCUGCAGCACACGCAAGGUCCCCCUGCUCAAGCCAGCGCAUGUCCAGGCCCGUCUGAAGUUUGCCAAUGACCAUCUGGAUGAUCCAGAGGAGGAAUGGGAGAAGGUCAUGUGGUCUGAUGAGACAAAAAUAGAGCUUUUUGGUCUAAACUCCACUCGCCGUGUUUGGAGGAAGAAGAAGGAUGAGUACAACCCCAAGAACACCAUCCCAACCAUGAAGCAUGGAGGUGGAAACAUCAUUCUUUGGGGAUGCUUUUCUGCAAAGGGGACAGGACGACUGCACCGUAUUGAGGGGAGGAUGGAUGAGGCCAUGUAUCGCGAGAUCUUGGCCAAGAACCUCCUUCCCUCAGUAAGAGCAUUGAAGAUGGGUCGUGGCUGGGUCUUCCAGCAUGACAACGACCCGAAACACACAGCCAGGGCAACUAAGGAGUGGCUCCGUAAGAAGCAUCUCAAGGUCCUGGAGUGGCCUAGCCAGUCUCCAGACCUGAACCCAAUAGUAAAUCUUUGGAGGGAGCUGAAAGUCCGUAUUCCCCAGCGACAGCCCCGAAACCUGAAGGAUCUGGAGAAGGUCUGUAUGGAGGAGUGGGCCAAAAUCCCUGCUGCAGUGUGUGCAAACCUGGUCAAGACCUACAGGAAACGUAUGAUCUCUGUAAUUGCAAACAAAGGUUUCUGUACCAAAUAUUAAGUUCUGCUUUUCUGAUGUAUCAAAUACUUAUGUCAUGCAAUAAAAUGCAAAUUAAUUGCUUAAAAAUCAUACAAUGUAAUUUUCUGGACAGUUGAAGUGUACCUAUGAUAAAAAUUACAUACCUCUACAUGCUUUGUAAGUAGGAAAACCUGCAAAAUCAGCAGUGUAUCAAAUACUUGUUCUCCCCACUGUAUAUGUUAUGCAUAUCAAAAUCUAUAUAAACUUUAAAUCUGUGAAACUUUUAAGUUCUGUGAAUAUAAUAUCAGAAUAAUUCAACAGUAUCUAUCAGGGUUGGAGUCAAUUCCAUUUCAAUUCCAUUUCAAUUCCAGUCAAUUCAGAAAGUAAACCAAAUUAUAAUUCCAUAUUUUCUUCAUUAAAAAGCUUUGGAAGAGACUUGGAAUUGCAUUGUACUUUUUGAAUUGACUGGAAUUGACCCCAAACCUGUGUACAAAAUACAUCAGUCAUGUUUCAUGAUAGAACAUACACUCACCGUAUCUCAUUGUCACAUUACCAUCCCAUUUACAAUGAAAUCUUCUUUACUCUUUUAAGAACACUGGUGUGUCUUUACCUUGUAUGACCGACUGAAAGUCUUCCCACACUGGGAGCAGUGGAAUGGCCUCUCUCCUGUGUGAGUGAGCUGGUGUGUUCUGAGAUUACCCUCUAAACUGAAACUCUUCCCACACUGGGAGCAGUGAAACGGCUUCUCUCCUGUGUGAGUGCGCUAGUGUGUCUUUAACUCUCCUGACUGACUGAAACACUUCACACUGGGAGCAGUGGAAGGGCUUCUCUCCUGUGUGAGUGAGCUGGUGUCUGAUGAGAUUUCUCCCUGUAGUGAAGCUCUUCCCACACUGAGAUCAGCUGUGUGGUCGUGGCUUGUCCGUCUCUCUCUGUUUCCUGGUGGGAGCUGGGUUGGAGGAACCUGAGGUGGUUCCAUGGUGUUGUGAGCUGCUGGAGGACAUGAGAUUCUCUGAUCUGAUCUCCUCACUCCUCAAAAGCCUGACAUACUCAACAUGGUGACAUCUCUUUAUGUGCUUGUGGAGGAAGAUCUGAGAGGUGAAGGAGAACGGACAGCCAAAGCACGAGAAGAUCUGGAAAGACUCAACGUUCACGUGUGUGUGUGUGUGUGUGUGUGUGUGUGUGUGUGUGUGUGUGUGUGUGUGUGUGUGUGUGUGUGUGUGUGUGUUUGAGAGCGAGAGCGAGAGCGAGAGCGAGAACAGAAUGGUUAAGAAGGGAAAUCACAACAAACACAAUCAUUUACAACAUACAGUACACAAACACACACACACACACACACACACACAUACAAACAAACAAACAAACACACACACACACACACACACACACACACACAUACACAUACAGAUACACACACACAAACAUACACACACACACACACACACACACAAACAAACAAACAAAUACACACACACACACACACACACACACACACACAUACACAUACACAUACAGAUACACACACACAAACAUACACACACACACACACACACACAAACAAACAAACAAAUACACACACAAACAUACACAUACAGAUACACACACACAAACACACACACACACACACACACAUACACAUACAGAUACACACACACAAACAUACACACACACACACACACAAACAAACAAACAAAUACACACACAAACACACACACACACAUAAACACACACCUGAAUUAAUAGCAACAGCUGGGAGAAUGGGAUGUAGUGUAACAGAUAAGGACAUACACUGACAUUGGGUUAUGUUGAAUGUGAAAUGAAUAGGACAUAACAUAUGGUCCGUAAUGACCAUAUGCUUCAUUAGAAGUCGUCUGGGAGAUGUGCUGCAUGUGAAUGUACCAACAGGGCCUUGUUGUAAAGAUCAUUUUUAAUUUUAUAUGCUAGGGUCAGAGUCCAUUCCAUUUUAGGAGAUGCAUUGAAACUUCAAUUCCAUUUUAAAAAAAUGUAUUUUCAAUAGGAAUUUAUCAAUUCCGGAUAUAUUUCUUGAAUUGACAUAAAACGAUUUAACUAACUAACUAACCACUGCCUCUAGUCUCCUGUGUCCAGCUCAAAGUGUAUGAGGAUGACUUUAGGAAGGAGCGGUCAGACAAGCAGCGUCCACUGAUGAAAAGUCCAGCUCUGGUCAAACAGCCUGUCCUGGUCCAUCGCUGUAAUAAUGAGCAGCAGCCUGCAGGGGGAGACAGAGAGAGGAGCAGAGAGAGGAGCAGAGAGUUGCUCACCAGUACACCACAACCAGACCACCACUACCCGCUGUGCCCCAAACACCGUGAGAGGAGGAACACUGAAGUGUCCCCAUGA